GGACUGCGGAAAUGCCAUGCUAGCCAUAAGGAAGAGGGGACCUGUUUUAUAGGGACUAAUAGACAAUUAAUGCAGAACCACUCCCAGACCAAGUGCCUUCAAAGUGUCCUGAAGGAGGUGGAACUCAUCCGGAGCUCCAGGGAUGGGCAAAUCGAAGAAGCAAUGAGGUUCAAUCAAGAGCUGGAAAGAGAGCUGAAGAGCUCUCAGGAGGCUCUGGUCAAUCUGGAAGACUGCAACCGUAACCUCAAGAGGGAACAAGCAGAAAUGAGGAAGAAGGUUGAAGAGGCGAGACACGCUGUCCUCAACAGUCUUGGCAAAGUGAAGGAGCUGGAGGUGAAAGCUAACGAAGUGCCACAUCUGCAAAUUUACAUUCAGCAGCUGGAAUCGGAACUGCAGCGCUACAGGUCAGAAAUAACGAGAUACCAGCUUCCCUCCAGCAGCAGCCCAGCGCAGAGAGGGGGAGCAGCCCCCCCAGAGGGGAGAUACUGCCCGGCCCUUGGGCAAGACCGACGCUCUCCCACCGGCGGAGCUGGGAUGUCUGAGAACGCAGAGGAUCAGCUGUUCCGCUCCGUGGAGGGCCAGGCUGCCUCCGACGAAGAGGACGAGAAGUGGGCAGGAGACCAGCCAGCCCAGGUGGAGCAAAUGAAGAAAAUCAUGGCCAAGCUCCCUUGCUGUGGCAGCGGAUGUGAUGAAAAAAUGUGGAAAAAGCUGAUGUCUUACUUGGAGAGCACCAAUAGGGAUGGCUACGACACAGCCCCUGCGGAGCUCACAGAGAGAGUCGCACAGCUCCCUGAGCAGCUGGAGCUUAAGGGGCACCAAGUGAAGAAGCUGGAAACAAACGUGGAAGAGCUGAAAGGCCCAUUGCGAGGGGAACUGCAACAAAAGGUGGAGGAGACAGAAUUGCUGAAGAUGGAGCUGCAGAUGCUGGAGACUGAGAGAGUCAGGCUGUCGCUGGUGGAAGAGAAGCUCAUGGAUGUCUUACAGCUGCUUCAACAACUUCGAGACUUGAACGUAUCUAAGCGAGCCUUGGGGAAAAUCUUGCUGAGCACUUUGGAAUCCUGCCGUGACCCCCAACCUGGAAAAGCCCACCUAUUUGAAGUCCUAGAUACGCUUUACCGGGAGCUGACGGCCUGUGAACUCCUACAAAGCCAGCCCAUGGAGAAGGCACAGAGUCGCCAGUCCUUGGCCAACCCACUGGUCAUCUCCUGCUGAGCAGCGGUGAGGACUGUGACCCACACGACCAGCCAAACAACAGCCCUCGUUCCUUCAAACACAUGAUGAAUGGAUGAGAUUUGGCUGAUUCGACAGAGCUCAGUAACAGAGAAGAGUAAUAGAAGAAUUCAGCCAUGAAAUCAAAGGUAUGGGGAGAGCUCCAGGUCCUCAGCUAAUGUCAAAGCCCUCCCUCACCUGAAUGAGCAUUCCUGUGACAUCAGGACAACGAGCGGUGCCUGUCUCUGAUGGAAGCCAAACCAUCCUUGUGUGAUGGCCCUGUAACUGUACCCCUCAACCAAAUAAAAACUGUUCCAAACACACUGACCUGGCCCAUUUAGAUUUACAGCCCUGCUGACACUCUGGCUGGGCACAGUUUCUAGCUUCUGUGGUAGCUCAAUCUGAAAGCAAAAGGCAGCCUGUGUUAUCACAGCAAGUAAACCCCUUCGUUAACGUACAAAGGACAAAAUGACUGUAUCAUAAACAUACACACGGGUGUACGCCUGUGGUGCAAAUUUUAAGGGCUCAUGUAUAAAAUAUGUUUGUGUGUGUCUGUGAUUCAAUUAUUCACCUUAUUUAACUCUGAAGUUAGACUUGUUAUUGCUCUGCUGAAUUUUAUAUUUGCAAUUACAGAGAUGCCUUAGAAAUCUGCAACAGCCUUUCCCGACAAUAGUCUUGGAUUUUACAUGAAAAGUUCCAUUUAACUGCUUGCAAAAGGUACAAAGCAAUCUAGUUCCCAGGCUCUCAGGGAAAGGAAGGGCUGAAAAAUUCACUCUGCAACAUCUGCUGCUGUUGCAUUAGCAAACAACACGUGCAGCCCACGACUUUGUUCUCUCAUUUAAUUUCCCUCCAUGCAACUGUAGAGACACAAAACUAGUCCCCCCUCGCAGACAAUGUAAAAUGCUGGGCCUAAUCAUGGUGCCAUGUAACAUUUUAAUCAGCAAUAAAGUAAUUCCUGGGGGCAAGAAGAAGAAAAUAGGUUGCUUCCAAGAUGCUUUUGCUGUUUCAUUCAACUAUCAAACACAGAAAGUGAAGAAGCGGCAUUCUUAAAUGAUCCAACUGAAUUUAUUAUAUUAAAAAAUGCACUGUAGAUCUUUAAAGAAUGUGAAAUUACUUUUGUGAGAUAAUGCCAGCAAUGAAAUAAGACCAUUGAAUUCAGAACUGUGCAUAUGUGAAUUUUUCCCAUGACAAUGGUUUUCAUACCAUAAGGUCUGUAUCACAGUGCAGUCUGGGUGAUAAGAAGAUUUCUGUUCCUUUCUAUUCAUAAUACCCUGUAGAGCUUACACGCACCUCCAUCCAAAAUCAUGAUAUAUUACUUAGCAUUUAGAGCCAUGUAGGUAACAAAAAUUUGCAAUAGAUAUUUUCAUUUCAUUUUAAAGGAGGAAAAAAAAAGGUGUUUUGCAAACAAUGGAACAAACUGUUGAAUGGUGAUUUACCUGGGAGGGACUUUUUUCUGGUUUAGCAGAGGAAGAUUUUAAGAAUAGAUAUGUAUUUUUAAUGUAGAUUUUUCACCAAGAUAAAUUAGACAUACAUCGUACAAUAUUCAGUCUGUAAGAAUGAAAACUGUCUACUAAUACUAAAUGUAAUACUAACAUAAUACACUAUUAUUUAGUAUAUCCUAAACUAUAUGCUAACACUAUGUACUACAAAAUCUAUAUACUAAAUGUGCACAGAUAAAAAGAGAUAAAAAUCAAAAUAAGCACAA